AAAAAUGAAAACGAAUGGAAGAAAAUCAUUAAUGGCUUUAAUUCAUUAUGGAAUUUCCCAAAUUGCUUUGGUGCCAUUGAUGGUAAGCAUAUAAUGAUACAAUGUCCUCCAAAUACAGGUUCCAACUAUUACAAUUACAAGGGGUCAUUUAGCAUUGUUUUAUUAGCCUUAGUUGAUCAUAAUUAUAAUUUCCAAUGCAUUGAUAUUGGUAAAUAUGGAAGUAACGCUGAUGCUGGAAUUUUUGAAAAAUCAAAUUUAAAAAAAGCACUUGAAGAAAACGUGUUAAAAUUGCCAGAUGGUGCAGUUAUGUUGGGAGAUGAGGCUUUUCCAUUGAAAACUUACCUCAUGAAACCAUAUGCAAGAAGAAAUAUUCUUUCAAGAAAAGAAAAGAUUUACAAUUAUAGGCACUGUCGUGCCAGACGAAUUGUCGAAAAUUCUUUUGGUAUACUGGCUAACCGAUUCCGAGUAUUUAGAAAACCUAUAUCACUCGCUCCAGAAACAGUAGUGAAGCUUGUUAAAGCAGCAUGUUCCCUACAUAAUUGGAUUAGAAAGACAGGACUUAGUCAACACUCCAUAUCAGUUGACAUUGAGGAUUUAGAGUUGGGACGUUUAAUUCCUGGAUCAUGGCGAAAUGAAGGUUCAUCCGGAUUCAGAGGAUUAGGACCUCCCACGCAACGAAAUCCUUUAACUGAAGCUCGAAAAAAAAGAGACAGUUUUGCAGAAUAUUUUGUUGGCGAAGGAGAAGUGUCAUGGCAAAAUCGAAUGAUCGAAUAAUUAAUAUCAGUUUCAUAUCAAUAAAUAAUAUUUAAAGACAUAAAAUGUAUUUUAAUUUUAAUUAUAAUAUUA